AUGGCGGCGCGGGCCCCCCACAGCAGCGACAUUUGCAGAAGGUACCAAGUGGAAUUAGCUGCGGGGGUCAUUUCGCAAAAUAAUUACAAACGAGUGUCAGUGCAGUUGCCUGAUGGCAUGUUGGAGGAUUCACUUCUCCUUUCUAAUGCCAUUAAAGGGGAGCUCAAGAAAGGGGGACAAGGAGGAGGGGCGCCUGUCCCUCCCAGUUACGAACCAACCCGGGUGACCACUCCAUGCUGUUCUGUAAAAUCUCACAAAGAAGACGUAUCUGUUUGUGGGGCCCAAGACAAUACAGGUGGGAGCCCCCCCGAUGAAGUAAACAUAUACAUUUUAGGGGACACAUCUUUGAGUGAGUGUUGUGAAGACUACGUAAGUGCUGAACAUGUGAAGGCAGAUGUGCUGCUGCAUUAUGGACCCUCAUGUCAAUCAUUAAUAACGUCGUCCAUUCCUUCAAUAUACCUCUUUAAUGAGAUAAAAGAGGAGGAGGAGGAAGCCUUUUACAAAACGGUUCAGGAGGGGUUCAUACGGAGUCACUUGCCCCCAGAGGGUGAGGUGUGCAUCCUUAUGUGCGACGUGGCCUACACGAGCUGUAUGUCCCGCUUGGUCCACGCCUUUGUGAAUGUCGUUGUGAAUGCCUGUGUGGAAGUUGGCGGGGGGGGACAAGAGGCGAGUGCACACUGGGAUAAGCGAAGGAAGCCGCUUUUCCUGGUGGACGGCCGAUUGGUGCGGGGCAAGUCCUUCCUGCGCAGUGACGUGGUGAGCAGCGACGAGGUGGGCAGCGACCCGGUAAGCAGCGAUGCGGUAAACACGAACCUAGUCGUGUGCCUGCACCGAGUAGCGAGCAACGUGCAGGGCAAAAACUGCUACGGGGACCACAGGAACUACGUCGAGUUGGACGCGCACGAAGACCUCGAGAAUAAGUACGCCUUCUUUUGUGGUAGGUUGCUCAUAAGGGUUCUGUGUAGCAACAAGUUGGGAGUACUGAUUUAUGAAGUGAUACGACAGGAGGAGAUAUCUCCUCCGUGGGGUAGGAUCCUAACCAAGGGGAAAGAACAAAUAACCAAUUUGUUUCUUUUUACAAACGGAAAUAUAAACCUAAAGCGUAGGUGUCUUUUAGAAUAUGAAUAUUACCCUGACAGGGUGCAUAUAUACAAUGAGGAGGAAAAAAAACAUGUCGGGGCAAAAGGAAAUAAUGAACUAUAUAAUUUUGAAACAAAAAAGGAUGUGGAUAAAUUGCUACUGAAAAGAUACAGCUUGAUAGAAAAGUGCAAACAGGUUGACACAUUUGGUGUUUUAAUGACUAAUGUAAAUUUAAAAAAGAAUAGGGAAAUGGAAAGAAGCUUAAAUUAUAUAUUACGAUCGAGGGGGAAGAGGUGUUUCACCAUUGCUACUAACAAAUUGAAUGCUGCAAAAUUGGAGAAUUUUUCCGACAUAGAAAUGUAUAUCCUUUUGUCGUGUCCUGAGAAGAGCUUCCUUGAAGUACCUGAUUUUUCGAAGAAGAUUAUUAACCCCUGUGAAUUUUUUAUUGCAUAUGGGUACAUGGAUUGGCAGUGUAGCUACCUCUUUGAGUUUUUACACUUGUUAGCUGUGCCCUCUGUGUGUCAUGCACUGGACGGUCUGCGCGGGGGCAAGUACCGUCUGUGGUCCCUGGGCUGGGGGGCCCCCAGCCUGGCUGAUGUGCCAAACGGGGUUGCCCAAAGAGGCACCGCUAUCCAGUGCAGCACCAAUGUCGAACGUGGCGCGCCUGAGGCAUUGACUCCCCUUGAGGGGUCGUCCGGGCCAAGUCAAUCCCUCUUAACGUGCCACCCCCUCGUCGACCCGUCCCUACCCAUCCCAGUGGAAGAACAGAAGAAAUUCAUAACAACCUUUGACGAGAGGUCGCCCAUGUGUAAGUACUUUCUGGAAACCCUAGUGGAAAACACGUCCCGGGAGUACAGGGGUGUCGACAUGAAUUAUAACACGGACACCGUGCCUGAGGUCAUUCCUGGGGAGGAUGGAAUAGCGCAGCGUUACGAGUCGGACUUGCGCUUUUGCGGCUCAUCUGCGUAG